AUGUCUCAACCAUGCGCUAUUUCAACAUGUAAAUGCAGUUCACGAACAUUAUGUUACGGAUGUAAUCAAAAUUUUUGUCGAGAACAUAUGAUUGAACAUGAUUUAUCAUUAAAUUCACAAUUAAAUCCUUUAUCUGAUGAAAUCAAUGCACUUGGCGAACGUUUAAAAUCAAUUAAUCUUGAAAAUGCAAUUGGUGAUUCACAUGAAAAAUUAAAAAAAUGGCGUCUAGAUUGUCAUAAAACAAUUGAUUAUUUUUUCGAACGAAAAUGUCAAGAACUUGAUCGAUGUAUUGCAAAAAAAAUGGAAAAACAACGUGAAGAAAUAAGUCGAAUGCGUAUUAAAAUGUCUGAAUUAAUACAAGAACAAGAAACAACACAUAAGGAUAUUGAUUCAUUAAAAUCAACAUUACGAGAUCUUGAACGUGAAAUGAGUAAAAUUGAACAAACAUCAUUUCAAAUCGAAAUUAAAUCAUUAGUUAUUGAUGAUAGUUUAAUACAUAUUGAAGAUUCAGAUAUAAAUCGUUUUGAUUUAUCAUCAAUAUUACCAUUGUAUAAAACAAUUAAUUAUACCAGAGAAAAUUGGACACCAUUAGCAUGCAAUAAACAUUAUUUAUUAAUACAUCAAGAACCAAAUUUAUGUUUAGUUGACCAAGAUUUAACAAUAAUAAAACAAAAUUCUUGGAUAUAUGGAACAAUUUAUGAUAUGUGUUGGUCAUCAGCAUUAAAUCGUUUUAUUGUUAUUAAUGGCAGUGAUGUUUUUCUUGUUGAUGAAAAUAAUAUGUCUAUUGAAAAUAUUCAAGCCCUUCAAAAACGUAAAUGGUUAUCAUGUACAACAUCUGAAACAUCAUUAUUUUUAUCAACUAAAGUAUGGGGAUCAUCUAUUAUGGAAUUUAGUUUAUUACCAACAAUUGAACUUGUUAAACAAUGGCAAUCACCAGACACAUGUUCACGUGAUGAAGUUAUUAAUGGAAUUGUUUAUAAUAAUGGUAAAAUUGCUAUGAUGAUUAAAAAUUCAUCUGAAAAAACCAUACAUAUUGAAAUGAGAUCAUCAGCUACAUUAGAUAGACUUUGGUCUAUUAGACUUAAUAUUGUAUAUAGUCAAAAUAUUAGAACUCGAUGUUGUUUAUUAACUCAUGAUGAAUGGCUUGUUGUCGAUCGAAAUACUUCACGUCUAUUUCAUAUAUCUAAAGAUGGAAAUGUUAAAUCAACAUGUGCAUAUAAUCCACCACCAUUUUGUGCUACAGUAUUUAAUCAAAAUAUAUUGGCUAUAUCAACAGCACGAGGUGUAAACUUACAUAAACUAUAA